UAUGGAUCUAUAAUCAUUCACGUCACAGACAGAGAGCUGGGGGCUGAAACAGGAUAAUAACCUUUAAAUCCCUUUCUCUAAGCACUCAGAUCUUCCCUGUCAGCAAGAUUAAGGCGGUCAGCAGCAGUCCCCAUGUGUCUGUAUCCCAGAACGAGCUUUAACAAUGACUGGAGGUGGUGGCUUGAAGGAAGAGUAAUGUGAAACUGCUGCUGUGCUUGAUGCUUCUGAAGGAAAGAAAACAGCAGCACCCAUCUCAGUGGCGAGAGUGGAGGUAGGUUUUGGCAUUAGUUCUUUCAUUAGUGGAUGCAAAGGAAGGAGGGAGAACUAUCAUGCUGAAGUUUAACCAAAGAAGACAGUACCCGUUCCAAAGUUAUAUAUUAAAGGAGAGAUCAGCAACAAAUGAUGUAUCCCUGGAGUCUGCCAAGGAAGAAGAUGAAGAAAGGCUAUCCUCAGACAAGCAGACCAGAGCUAAAUCAGGCUCUCAGCCCACAUUACUUCUGGGUCCUGAGGGGAACUACAACUAUUAUGUGGAUGAUGAGGAGGAGGAGGAAGAAUUCAAAGAGGUAGAAGAUGAACAAAAGUUUCAACAUAUAGAAACAUUUGAGGAGGUGCUCUCUUCAUUUCCCUUGCCCCCUGACUCUCCCUCUGGAACAGACUCUCCUCUUCCUAUUUCUUCUGUACUGAAAGUAAAUGUAGGUGGCCAAAGUUACCACCUCCCUUACCAGAUAGUGGCCCUCUACCCCAAGACCCGUCUGGGCCGCUUGGCCACUUCCACUAACCGCCGUUGCCAGCUGGGUCUGUGUGAUGACUAUGCUGCCCAGGCAGACGAGUACUUCUUUGACAGGGACCCAGCUGUCUUCCAACUGAUAUACAACUUCUAUGCCUCCGGCGUGCUGCGGGUGAGGGAUGAGCUGUGUCCUCGCAGCUACCUGGAGGAGUUGAGCUAUUGGGGUGUGCGGCUCAAAUACACCCCACGGUGCUGCCGCAUCUGCUUCGAGGAGCGGCGUGAUGAACUGAGUGAGCAGCUGAAGGUGCAGAGGGAACUGCGCGCCCAGGCCGAGGCUCAGGAAAAUGAGCAGCUCUUCCGCCACAUGCGUUACUGUGGCCCUCAGCGCUGGCGCCUCUGGAACCUCAUGGAGAAGCCAUUCUCCUCUGUCACUGCCAAGGUUAUGGGGGUGGCUUCCAGCUUCUUUGUCCUCAUCUCUGUGGUGGCACUGGCUCUCAACACAGUAGAGGAGAUGCAGCAGGUGGACAGGAAAAGUGGAGAGACUCGCCCUUUGUUAGAACACGUCGAGACCCUCUGCAUUGCUUUCUUCACACUGGAGUAUGUGCUGCGGCUGGUCUCUACCCCCAACCUGCGCCGCUUUGCCAGCAGUGCACUCAAUGUUGUGGACCUCAUUGCCAUCCUGCCCCUCUACCUCCAGAUGCUGCUGGAGUGCUUUACUGAUGACGACCAGCCCAGAGGCCAGGGCUCCCUGCAUGAUUAUGAUAUCGAGAAGGUGGGGCGGGUGGGCAAGGUGGGGCAAGUGCUGCGCAUCAUGCGCCUGAUGAGGAUCUUCCGCAUCCUCAAGCUGGCCCGCCACUCCACUGGGCUACGCGCCUUUGGCUUCACCCUGCGUCAGUGCUACCAGCAGGUGGGCUGCCUCUUGCUCUUCAUCGCCAUGGGCAUCUUUGCCUUCUCUGCCAUGGUCUACAGUGUGGAACAUGAUGUCUCCAGCACCAACUUCACCAGCAUCCCCCAUGCAUGGUGGUGGGCUGCCGUCAGCAUCUCUACAGUGGGAUAUGGAGACAUGUGUCCAGAAACUCACCUCGGCCGCCUGUUCGCUUUCCUCUGCAUUGCUUUUGGAAUAAUUCUGAAUGGGAUGCCCAUUUCUAUCCUCUACAACAAAUUCUCAGACUAUUACAGCAAGCUGAAGGCUUAUGAGUAUACAGCUAUAAGGAAGGAAAGAGGGAAGGUAGACUUCAGACGAAGAGCUAUGAAGAAAAUGUCAGAAUGUUGUGGAGAAAGCACAAAUCAUUUACCAAGAUAUUAUUAGGGCUUUAUAAAUUAUAAAGGGACAAAUGAAGAUAAAAGUAACAAUCCUGAAAGGAAAAGGAAAAUACUUAAGGUAAAAUCUGUUUUGAAAAAGUUUGUCUUUUUAAAAUCAGAGCUCUAGAUUGCUCCUGUUUCAUCUCAGCUUCUUUUAGCUGGUGCUUUACUACAGAAGCAAUGCUCCCAAUUCAUGUGUGAGACUCAAGAGAAAAUGACACUCUAUGAAUUAUCCAGCUGGAGGAUCUGAGAAUGGCACACCUGGUACAUGGAUGUAACACAAUAUUGUAUAUACAUCUUACAAUGGCUUGAACCAAAGGAAACAGAAUAUUCACUGUCUGCUGCUCAACUGGCGGAUGUCCCUACUCAAAAAGAAGUAAACCAGUAUGGAGUGGAAAAAAAGACAGUAUAUUGUUUGUAUUGCAGAAAUCAUUGUGUAUUAGAGUUUAAAAAGACAGAGGAAACAUAUAGUGUGUACCCUUUAGUGAUAUUAAUUGCUACUGCACAUAAAUGACUUCUACAUUCCUUACUUUUUGUAGUUGUUCUUUUUUAUGACAUAAGAUAUAUGAUUCAAUUUGCCAAUACUAUUUUUAAUGCAGCCUUGCAAAAUUGUAUUCACUCCUUUACUCAGAGUGGAGAGAAUGCUGGACUUUUCCCCUCGUAUCCUCCAAAAUGGCAAAGAAACUGAGUAAAUGUGGGGCCUGAAUUGGUAAAUCUCUGCAAUACUUUUAUAAGACCAUGUUAAUGCACAUUUUUUUAGGAAUACUGAUGUAAACUACAUUUAUUUUAUAUAAGCAACAAUGUUUAAUGCAAACAUCUGCUAUUAGUGUAUUACAAGUAAUAAAUGAUUUGUAAUGGUAUAGAGGCAGGUUAAAAUAAAAUUUGGAAAAAGCAGCCAAAAUUAAAAUCAUGAUUAAUAGGAAGUUUUCUUCCAAAGGAUUCUAUUAAUAGUUCUGCCAAUUUUUUUGCAAGUAUACUUUUAAAACAAGAUAAUUUUCAGUCUGUCUAAGUAUUUGACACAAUUGUAACAAGCAGAGAUAUAUGCCUACAUUUAUCCUGUCGAUAA